CAACUGCCGUUGAGACAGGUCUCGUUUAGACGGUUGGACCUUACAAGAACAUAGAAUGGCAAUAAGGCACUGACAGGAAGCAAUCUGCCUCAAAACGUCCCCAAAAAAGGGAGGAAAAAGACAUUCCAGAACCACAGGCCAGUUUCCACUUGGAAAAGUUUCUGCUGCCGCCCACUACUCCCUUCUACUUCUUCUCUGAUAUGUCAAGGGUUUUCUGCUCACUCCGGAUUUUCAUACAACUCUGCACAAACAGUGGGUGAGUGGGCACAAAAUGGUACCGCAGCGGCUGCACCUGAGGACCGUCGGACUGAUGGUCAUGCUGACAGUGUUCACCCUGGGAGCAUCAGAUGGAGGCACAGACAGCAGCUUGUACAAGAUCUUGAAAAAAAGAGAAGCAGGGGGACCCAGUGCUGCGCUGCCAAAGUCCUCAGUUGCUGUGCCUCCGUCCAAGGCUCAGGAGUUCCUGGCAAAGCUGAGCAGAACCAAGAGGAACAUCUGGGAUCGCAGCAGACCAGACGUGCAGCAGUGGAUUAUGCAGUUUAUGUACAUGGGCUAUGACGAGCAGAGGCUGGAGACAGAUCUGGCCUACUGGAGGGACCAGACACGCGCCACUGACCAGGGGCGUCAACAUCACUACGAUGAGAACUCGCCCAUCGGCCCCCGGGACCACAGCUCUUACAGACACGGUGCAAACGUCAACUAUGACUACUAUUAACCUCAGGUCAACAACUAAAAAAACAGAGGGCACUUUGUGUAACCAAUAUUUUUCUAAGACAGUUUGACACCUCUGCUCGUUAACAGUGAGGCCAUUAAUCCUCCACUGAUGAAUUGAAUUUACUCUGUUUCCACGUAUGCCCUAAAUAUAUGAUGAAAACAGCCUGUAAA